UACGAGUGUUGUUAUUCGCUGUUACGAGGUCUUGUUUGUGACGAUCGCGUUUUGAAUUGCAUUGUAUUAUUUAAUUCCGUGAAUAGGGACAGUCCGGAGAGACGGGGAAACCUUAUAUUUUCCGGUGAAAAGCGAAAUUCUAUACGUUGUCAUUAGAAAAACGAGAUAGUUCGUUCUAAAUCGAAGGGGCUUUUAUUGACCUGUAUAUUAUAGGUUCACCCUUUUUCCAGUUGAUUGAGGAAAUUCGGUAAUUUAGGGAAAACUGAAGGAAAAUGGUGUCGGGCGGGAUGACCUGUGUCAAAUAUUUGCUGUUUUGCUUCAACCUGUUGUUCGCGAUUUCAGGUUUGGCAAUACUAGUAGUUGGAGUAAUAGCCCACCUCCACAUUUACUAUCAGUACUCGAACUUCAUUUAUCCAAGCUAUCAAGCGGCACCUAUAAUUUUGAUGACUGUAGGGGUGGUCAUAUUUUUGAUCUCAUUCUUUGGAUGCUGCGGAGCUGUAAAGGAAAACCACUGUAUGAUUGUGACGUUCUCAGUUCUCAUGGGAUUAAUAUUGAUUACUGAAAUUGCCGCCGGAGUGGUUGGAUAUAUUAACCGUAAUGAAGUCGAAGUUAUGCUGGAAAAUAAAUUGAAUUCUACAAUGCCCAAAUACUACACUAACAGCGAUAUAAGGAGGACUUGGGAUAUUGCUCAACACGAGUUGGAAUGUUGCGGAAUGAACGGCCCAGAUGACUGGCAUUUGGUCAAUCACAACAACUCUCUGCCCCACACUUGCUGCCCAAAUGCUCAAAACGACGGUAGCUGUACCAUGGCCGCUGAACACUACCAGGCGUCUUGUAUUGACAAAUUGAAAACCCUGCUCAUCAAAUAUGCUUCGGUCAUUGGAGCAGCCGGACUGGGAAUUUCUGCUUUUCAGGUAUUUGGAAUUUGCUUCGCUUGUGCAUUGGCAAGAAACAUUCGCAAAGAAUACGAAACAGUGUAAACGACCUGAACAAACAAAAUAAUAAGCAUAUUUAUCUGCACAACGGUAUAAUAUUCAUAAAGUCACGUUAUUGUUUACCAUACAUUUUUUAGUUAUAAGUUUUCCAAUUAAUCCGUCGAAGCUUGUGUUAAUGUUAGUGGUGAGGAAAAAAUGGAUGCACAGAGCAAAGAAAAUGAUACUUUAAAAGGGACCCAGCAUUUUCAUAAUUUUCUUUUCGUUGUUCUUUGUAGUCAAUUUUUAAGGGUAUUUUAUUAUGGUUGUGAUUUUUGUUUUGUAUUUUUUACUAAUUUAAUAUUACAAAGUUAUAAUGCCAAAGAAUAGAUGAAAAAUGGCAUAUUUUUCAAUGGGUUUUGGCAAAUGCACAUUGAUGCAAUGCUUAAUUAAUGUUCUUAUGUAUGUAUUUGUUUUUGAAUAUACAUAUUUCCUGACUAGAUUUUUUAAAUUUUCUUCAUAAAAGAAAACCAUAAAAACAAAAACAAAAUUAGAAUAUAGGCCCAAAAGUAUUUUUAUAUUUUUCUUAUUUAUUAAACAAAAUUAAUAAGUAAACUAAUCCCUGCUAAUGGCAGAUGGAGCCAUAUGCUAUAUAUGACUCUCAUGUUUUCUAUACCUACACACUUUUUCUCAAAAAAAAUAUUUGCAUGUGUUCACUUUCACAGACUGAUUUGUUACACUUUUUCACUUUCCGUAGUUUAGUUUGUUUUUUACUGUAUUUUUAUUGUUAAACCAAAGGAACAAGAAUCGCAAUUAACUUUCCGAGAGUGACGUCACAGGUAUUAGGAUGUAAAACAGAAAUUGUUUGUAAUAAGUAGGUAAUAAUAUGUCAGUAAUAAAUGAAUCUCAACUUGUGGUGUACACUUUCCAACAAAAAAAAAACUAUUUUACGUUAAUAUAUUGCAAUAACCUGAAACUUUAUUAUCUCUGUAUUAUUACUAUUAUUACUUUAUUGGACAUAUUUAUAAAUGUUUAGUAGGGUAUAAGUAGGUAGGGUGCAUUUAAUGUUACAUAGGGUUUUUGCCAAAUUUUUUAAUCGAAAUGUUUUCAUGUAUAAAAAACAAGUUUUAUUCCCUUCAUUUGUGUUUUAGGGAAAUUAUAUUUAGGUAAUAAUAUUUUACCCUUUUUGAAGUAAAUAAUAUAUUCUUAUAUUUAUUGUACACGGUAUUUUAAAGGCAACUAUGCAUGUAUCUAUACCUAUCUUAUAACUUAAUCAUUUUUAAAGGCCCAUGCUGUGGUGCUUGUAAAUGUACUGGUAUUAUUAUAGUUUGUCCUGAUUAUCAAUGAGAAAACUGCGGCAAGGGUCUGCAAUAAUAAUAAUUAAUAUUAAAAUAUAAUUACCCAUAUUGUAGUAUACAGAUCGACAUCUACAAAUAAAAACUAU